AUUCACAAAAAUUCUCAAAUCACCAACAUUUUACACUUCCAAGUUCCAACCCUUUUCUCUCUCUUCUUCAAGUUGAGAGUUGAGAGUUGGCAAUGGAGAUGAUGGCCAUCAAAGCUUCGGCUUCAACUAAACCUACAAUUUCUCUAUCUUCUUCUUCCCAAAAAACCCUAAUUUCUAAACAAAAUUCAAAAGUUCAACUAAAACAAGCUCAAAAUCUCUUCUUUCCUACCUCAACUUCUCUUUCUCUUUUGACUCUUUUUACUACUCCCUUUGAUGCUAAAGCUGUGGCCCUCCCCAAAGAACAAUUAGUCACUUCUCUUACUCAAGUGGAGCGAACAAUUGAUCAAGUUCAGGAAGUGGGUUCGAAUGUUCUGGAUUCCGCACAGAAAGUUUUCCAGGUUGUGGCUGACGCUUUGAAGCCUGGCAUUGAUGCAGCCGCGCCGGUUGUGCAGCAGGCUGGACAAGAGGCAUUGAAAGCUGCUUCUCCAUUGAUUUCUGAGGCGUCAAAGAAAGCUCAGGAAGCAAUGCAGAACUCUGGCAUCAGUUCUGAAACCAUGUCUUCUGCUGCUAAGACUGUAACAAGUGCUGCAGAACAGACAACAAGAGUGAUAGAAGAUGCAAAGCCCAUUGCAUCGUCGACAGUUGAGACCAUCUCAAACUCAGACCCUGCUCUAAUAUUAGAAGGUGGUGCUGCGUUGUUUCUUGCAUACCUCCUCCUUCCUCGAGUCUGGUCUAUCGUCUCAUAUAAUUUUCGUGGAUACAAAGGUGGACUUACUCCUGCUCAAACCUUGGACAUGAUGUGCUCUCAGAACUAUUACUUGAUUGAUAUAAGAUCAGAGAAGGACAAGAACAAGGCUGGCAUUCCCCAGCUUCCUCCAAGUGCUAAAAGUCGGAUUAUUGCAAUUCCGCUUGAAGAAUUACCAAGCAAGUUGAGAAGUCUUGUGAGAAACUCAAAGAAGGUAGAAGCUGAAAUAGUCGCUUUGAAGAUAUCAUAUCUCAAGCGUCUAUCAAAGAGCACCAAUAUCGUUAUAAUGGACUCGUACUCAGACUCUGCAAAAACAGUUGCAAGGACUUUGACAGGUUUGGGAUUUAGAAACAGUUGGAUCAUGGCAGAUGGUUUCUCUGGAGGCAAAGGAUGGUUGCAAAGCCGCUUGGGUACUGAGUCAUACAAUCUGUCUUUGGGCCAGAUAUUUUCACCAUCGCGUAUUAUCCCUGGUGGCACAGGACGUUUUGGCACCACAAGCUCUACUGUUCAAAUUGGUAGAAAAUUGCUUCCUGAGUGAAGCAAAAACAGUGUUAGUUUCUGUACUUCAAUUUUGAGUCCUAUGUAAAAAGCCUCUAAUUCUUGAAAGUGCAAGGCCGAUUUUGUGAUGCAUCAACUUAAGCUCUCGUAUUUACUGUGUUGUGUGCGCAAUUGAUCACGCUGUAUGCAUGGGACGUUAGAUGUUUGUAGAUAUAAAAAAAUUUCAGCAUGUUAAUCUCAUACAGUAGUGUCUCAUUCCAAGUCUAGGAAAAGAGGCAAUUAUACUGAAAUUUUAUGCUGAGCCUUUCUUGGUGCCCCUAUGUUGUAACUUCCGAACUCUGUCGUUUAAGAAGAAAGUGUUACCUCCUUUUUUUUA